AUGUGUCCCAUGCAUCAGUAUGAGGAUGAUGAGGCUUCGGAUAUCACAUCCUCGACCACAACCACAACCUAUUCUCGAAUGACCAAGUCUACGAGUUUGUUUGAGAUAUCGGGAUCAUCAUUAACGACUCCUUCAAGCAUUUAUCAUAAUCAUAAAUAUCCUUCGUAUAUGCAGAAUUUGCCAGUUUGUAAAUCAUUGCAAAAGGCAGAGGAAGUAAAGAAAUUAAAACAUUUAGUAUAUCAGAGAGAUAAAGCAACUGAUCGAAUUAAAGCAGAUAGGAAUGAAUUAUUGGAUAUAAAAACUUGUUUGAAUGCCUUUAUUUCACUAAAUCAAAAGGUCGCAAAUUUAACUGCAUUUAUUGAAAAGAAUGAAAUGAAAGCGUUAUAUCAAAUAAUUAAAACUGACAGAGAUGAUUUGAGAAAACAAGUAAAAGAGCUUGAAUCUAAAAAGUCAGGCCUUGAGGACGAAAUUGAAAAAUUAAAUGAACAAUUAACACAACUAGAUUUGGAAGUUCAAAAGUUUCAUACAUCAAUUGAAGAGAAUUUUAAAGCUAAUUACUCUAUCGACAAUAUUCAUGAUAGAUUUUUACAAAUUGAUAAAGACGAAACAAAUGAAGCAUAUAAUAUUCCAUGUACACAUCCUACCUUGUUGCGAGGAAUGCUUCAUAUUUUCACACGUUUUUUAGCAUUUGAAUCUGUGGUAAUCAUGGACCAAAAUUCUAGGACAGAUGUCAUUUCUAUUGACAGGAUUCAGCAAAUGAGCAAAUCUCAUAGUUUACUCCACGAUUGUGGAAUUAUUCUUCACAUAAAAGCAAAAACCAAGCAAACCGCUUCCAUUGAAAAGAUUGAAUUCUCAGAAUUCAAAAGUCCAGAAGAAAGAGAUAAGGCGUUUGAUAUGAUUUUUGGGCUGGCAUUCAAUGCGAAAGAGUAA